GUGCCUUUGGGCAGCAUGGCAAGUGGCUGCCUCACCGCCUGAGGCCACCACGGGCCAGGCACUCACGCAACUUGCGUAACUGCGAGAGCUUCCCGCCUGGAGAGCUCCCAUCCUCAUCCUCCUGUCCCCGGUUCUAUCCAGCUCCUCCACCGCAUCGCCCGAGUCCUAGACUUUCUUUUCAAGAACAUCCUUUUUGCCUUCUGAAUCUCCACGUUCCUGCCUUAUUUCGGACCGCCCAACAUGUUCAUUGCUCGAUCGGAAUAUGACCGUGGAAUCAACACCUUCUCCCCGGAAGGUCGUCUGUUCCAGGUCGAAUACUCUCUCGAAGCUAUCAAGCUAGGUUCCACAGCGAUCGGUGUUGCUACAUCGGAGGGUGUCAUCCUCGGUGUCGAGAAGCGCGUCACAUCUACCCUGCUGGAAGCAUCGUCUGUCGAGAAGAUUGUUGAGAUUGAUCAGCAUAUCGGUUGUGCCAUGUCCGGCCUGCAAGCCGAUGCCCGCAACCUGGUCGAGCACGCCCGUGUCGAAUGCCAGAACCAUGCUUUCCACUACGCCGAGCCCCUGCGCGUUGAGAGUACCACACAGGCUAUUUGUGAUUUGGCUCUCCGAUUCGGAGAGAGCGGUGAUGACGAGGAGAGUGUUAUGAGCAGACCGUUUGGUGUUGCAUUGCUAAUUGCCGGUUAUGAUGAGGAUGGGCCUCAGCUAUAUCAUGCCGAGCCCUCAGGUACUUUCUACCGUUACGAUGCCAAGGCGAUUGGUUCCGGAAGUGAAGGUGCACAGGCCGAGCUGCAGAACGAAUACCACCGCUCCUUGACGCUGGCCGAAGCGGAGACGCUCGUUCUGAAGACACUGAAACAGGUUAUGGAGGAGAAGUUGGAUGCGAAGAACGUGCAGCUGGCUAGUGUGACGAAGGAGAAGGGCUUCCGCAUCUACAAUGAUGAGGAAAUGGGCCGUGCCGUGGCACAGCUGGGCGGGAACCAAUGAAAGACUGGCUGAUAUGGCGGUAG